UUUCAAUCUCUAAUCUUUUUAUUUGUUCAUUUUUGACAGUUCCUUCUGGCUCUGAUCACCAUCAUUAAGGUGAUGGUAGUGCUGUACAGUCCCAUGUUUCUGCCGGAGAGCAUGUACAGAGUCAAGUACGUGGCCGCCCAGUACAUCCACCACCUGACCGGCCCACCCCUCAAGCUCAAAGUGGUGGUCUCUCAAGACCCUGAACAGUACGGGCCGGAGAACAAGGACAAACGGAUACGUCUGUCCAGGCUGAAAAACAUGGAGGUUUUCAAGACAAUGGUGGCCAGUGGUGGCUGGACGCAGGACAGGAUCUAUGAGGUAGCUGUGAAGGACGUUCGUCUGUCCGUGAAAGCUAGGCGUCUGUUGGACAAAGCUACCGUGCCAGUGACGAUGAUCAAAAUCAUCUACAACAACCUGCUCAGAUGUCGUAUCAGGAGGCUUGGG